GCCUACUUCCAGGAGAUGAGCAAAAUCAGCAAAAUUUCAGGAACCAAGUCCUCUGAGGAGUGGGUCCCCUUUGAGACCAUCAAACUUCGCUUUGGCUUGGCCGAGCUUUCGAGAAGAAUCCAGCGAGGAACCAUAGUGGCCAGGAAGGCACAGGAUGCUGAGAAUGAGUAUGAGUUUCGAGUUGUGAAGAACAUUGCCUACUCAGACUCGAGCACCAAGGAAGAGCUGAAGGGCCACAUGGCUGGCAAGCUCGACUUGGAUCAGUGGUUGAAGCUCAAGAGCCAGAGCAUGGCCAGUGAGGAGGCUGAAGAGUCAGGCGUGGAGGAAGACCCAGAUGUCUUCAAAGCUGAGCAGCUUUCUGACGCUGGCAGUGUGAAGAUCAAAACAGCAGAGAAGCUCAACAACAUGCGCAGGCUGCUGACCAAAGUCAUGAAGGAGACCGACUAG